UCCACAUGCACCUAUACAUACACUAUCCAUACAAUCACUUCGCUAUAUUUACUCCCCUACCAAAACCACCAUUUACUCUUGCAACAAAAUCCAGCUUUAUUAAUCAAUUACUGGCAGCAUAGUUCAUUCGGCUCAUUUUCUCAUCUUGGGGGGAAAAAUGGGGAAUUGUUUGGGGACCAGGAAGAAAUCGCCGGCGGAGAUCGCGCCGUCGGAGCUGAUAAAACCAGCGCCGGUGAUAUCUCCGAAGCCGGAGCUGAUAAAGCCGGCGCCGCUGAUCAAGCUGUACGGACACCCGGACAGCUUCGCGACCUCCCACAUACGACUAGCCCUCUCGUACAAGCCGGUGAGGCUCCAAUUCGUGCCCUCCGACGCCCAACAGAACCCUACGAUUAUGUACAAAUCCGACGUCGUGACGGGCUCGGUGGAGGAGAUUCUCCGGUACCUGGACGCGAAGUUCCCGGACUCCCCGGUGGCGGUGACGAGCAAUGUGUGGGGGUGGUGCGGGGCGAAGACGCCGGCGGUGGUGUGGGUGGUGAUGCUGCAGCACAGGAGCAUGAGCUGGCAUCUGGAGAGGAUGGUGAAGUGGGCGGGGGACAUGGGGGCGCGUGGGGGGAACGCGAGUGGGGAUCCGUCGAUGGGAAGCCCUAGGAUGGAGGUGAAGAAGUUUGCCAAGAGCUACUCGCACCUGCACCAGCUCUUGCUCGAGCACGCGCAGAUGGAGGAGAUUGUCAUGUUUCAGAUCCUUGAAUCCGCCGAUCGAGGGCUGUGCAAAUCUGCCAAUGAGGAUCACGCAAGGGACCUGCCUGUAAUGAAUGGUGUAAAAGAGGAGAUUAAGAUAGUAGGAGUUAUGAAUGUCGGAAGCCCCGACUACCAAGAGGCCCUCACUCGCCUUUUGUCCCGCCUCAACAAAUUAAAGGAAAACUGCAAGCAGCACUUUGAAGAGGAGGAACGAGAGCUGCUGCCACUGAUGGAGGCCACGGAGCUGAAUAAGCUGCAGCAAGAGAAAGUGCUGCAACAAUCCCUGGAUGCAAUGCGUGAGACGCACUCUCACCUGUUCCGUUUCUUUAUGGAAGGGCUGUGCCCUCAAGAUGGCAUGCACUACUUUGGCUUGAUCAAGAGAUACUGCGACAAUGCUCGAGUAUCGCUUAUGCUGCACAUGAUGGUUGAUUAGUGGAGUUGCUAAUGCUAUUGUCCCAAUUCUUACAAAAAGGAUAAUAAUGAAAAGCAUGAUUUGGAUCUGCCACCAAAACCUGUUUGUAUAUCCCCUAAAUACUCUCCAAAACUGUUGUUCUAGAAAGUUAUGGCGAUUCACAAUUUUUCUUGAAUUAGAGCUGCUAAUCUUCGUUUGAUACCUAGUGUAGAUAUGUACUGUAAUUUCAUUAUAGAGGCAGGCUAAGCAUCAGAUUCCACACACACUACUCUUUUGAUGUUUCAGUUUAAGUUUGGGCCUUAUUCUUUACAUUUGUCUUGAAGCAAGUAUGUCUAACAGGGUGCAUGUGUGGGAAUGUUAUCCAUUUGGUAAAGUAACAGCCUAUUAGAUGUUA